AUGUCGGACUCGGCCCUGUACGAAGCGUGCAAGGCGGCCAAACCUGACGAGCUGGCUGCGCUGCUGGACCAGCCGGGGGCCAAGGACCUUCUCUCGAAGCCCCAGCCCCCAGUUGGGUUGUGCCCACUGCACGUCGCGUGUGGCGCCGACCGCACAGAGAAACCAGGGACUGGCGGGCUCAUCACGCCCGAGCAUGUGCGGUGCGCUGAGCUCCUCCUGGACGCCGGCGCCGAUCCUAACGUCACAGCGGACUCCGACUGGCGCCCGAUCCACUACGCGGCGAUUCGCGGAAGCCCCGAGCUGGUGAAGCUUCUCAUUGAGCGCCAGGCGGACGCGGCGGCGAAGAACGCCGGCGGGUGGAGCGGGUAUGCGUUGGCGAACAAGCACGGGCACGCGGAGGCGGCGCGUCUGUGUGCAGAGGCGGGCGCGAGCAAGGCGAGCAUAGGCGCGCGGAUAGCGGCGAAGAUCGGGUUCGCGCACUGGUAG